GCCGCCUGCCGGCCCAACUGCUCAAGGAAGGAAGAACCGAAGAAGCCUGUACAAAAUCUGAGGCCGCGUUCCCCGCCGCGGGAUCGGCGGCCUUGCCCUUCUUGACUUGGGUGGCAUCCCCUUCAAAUUGAAGGCUUCAAUUCCCCAGCAGCUCCAGCUCCAGCUCCUUCGCCAUGGCCAAGCCACCGCCUCCCACCUCCCCCUCCGAUCCCCCGCUUCCCACCGCCGCCGCCCCCAAGCCCCGCACUUUCGGCCUCUUCUCCUCCUCCGCGCGCUCCCUCCUCGCCGCGGCGCGCCGCUCCCCCGUCACCACGCUCGUCGUCGCCUUCUUCCUCCUCGCCCUCUUCAUGUACGGCGAGGACGUCCGCACCAUCGCCGAGCUCUCCAUCGACGACUACCUCUACCCCGACGCCGACCUCUACAAUGUCUCGGGGCUGCCCCCGCUGCUGCUCCCCCCGCCCACCUGCGACCUCUCCGACGGCCGCUGGCUCUUCGACAACGUCUCGCUCCCGGCCUACAGGGAGAAGGACUGCACCUUCCUCACCAAGCAGGUCACCUGCCUCGCCAAUGGCAGACCCGACGAUACAUGGCAGUACUGGAAAUGGCAGCCCAACCAGUGCUCCCUCCCAACGUUCGACGCUCGGAGAUUCAUGGAGACCAUGCGCGGGAAGCGGCUCAUGUUCGUGGGGGACUCGCUCAACCGCAACCAGUGGGAGUCGCUCGUGUGCCUGGUGCAGCCCAUCCUGUCCAAGGGCAGGAAGAAGAUCGUCAAGCGAGGCUCCCUCACCAUCUUCCACGCCAAGGAGUACCGCGCCACGCUCGAGUUCUACUGGGCGCCCUUCCUCGUCGAGUCCAACUCCGACAACCCCAAGAUCCACAGCAUCGAGCACCGGAUCAUCAGGCCCGACCGGAUCGAGGGACACGCCAAGUACUGGAAGGACGUCGACUACCUCAUCUUCAACACCUACAUCUGGUGGAUGAACACUGCUGACAUGAAAGUCAGGAGACCUGAUUCAAGGUAUUGGUCACAGCACGACGAGGUUCCCAGGAUUGAGGCAUAUGGACGAGUGUUCAAGACGUGGUCUGAAUGGUUGAAUAACAACAUUGACCCUGCCCACACCUCCGUCUUCUUCAUGACAAUUUCCCCUCUUCACAUCAGCCCAAAUAACUGGGGGAACCCUGAGGGGAUCAGAUGCGUGAAGGAGACGCUUCCGUAUCAGAACUACAGCCAACCCCUGGACCUGUACCAUGACAUGCGGAUGUUUGAUCUGGUAGUAAAGGUGGCUAGCUCCAUGGAGAAGGUUCCAGUCACAGUGAUUAACAUCACGAGGAUGUCAGAUUAUCGGAAGGACGCCCACACAUCGUUGUAUUCUAUCCGGCAAGGUAAGCUGCUGACACCAAAGCAGAAGGCAGACCCGGAGAAGUUCGCAGACUGCAUCCAUUGGUGCCUUCCCGGCGUGCCGGAUGUGUGGAACCAGAUACUUUACACGAGGAUCCUUUCGAAAUCAUCUUGGCACUCAAAUUCUGCGGCUCCUCCCUUGCAGUCACUGCCUCCUCCUGCCCAAUGAGAAUCUUAGCAGGGGCUUGUGGUUUUUACCAUGGCAUAGGAAAAAUGUAUGAUUAUUCAUUCUUUUGUCUUUCUUUUUGGGUAGAUUGAGUAAAGGUUAGAGUAAAAAGGAAAUGGAUGGGCUGAUCACUGACGGCAUGGCAUGGCAUGGCAUGUAAAGUGUAAAUGAGUUUUGAGUUAGCCAAUUGAGCGAACAGCAGCGAUCAUGUAGACAGUUGCCUUAUGAAUAUAUAUAUAUAUACUAUACCAGUUUCCAGACAGAAA